GGCAGGCGACUCGGAAGAAAAAGCAGCAGAACCCAAUGCAGCCUGUAGCCCAUUCAAAGGCCUACUGUUGGACCUCUGCUUAUUUUGCAAUACGUCUUUAGUACGGACUGAAAAAUGUCCGAUUUCGAUGAGUUUGAGAAGCAGUUAAGCGAAAAUCGGCAAGAGCGGGAGAAGGAGCGACACAAGAAGCGUAGCCGCAGCCGGUCUCUGAGCCGUGGCGAGAAGCACCGCCACUGGAGCAAGGACUCCAGGGGGCGGAGUCACGAGAAGCGCAGCAGCAGCCGCGACCGCAAGGGUCGUGACCGACGGAGCAGCUCACGCGAGCACAAGAAGCACAGCUACUCUUCUCGGAGAAGCCGUAAGAAAAGGACAUACAAGUACUGGGAUGUUCCCCCUCCGGGAUUCGAGCACAUCACCCCCAUGCAGUACAAGGCAAUGCAAGCUGCAGGGCAGAUCCCCACGAUAGCUUUACUGGCAACAUCCACCACCAGCGGCGUGGCAGUGACGCCCACCCAGGUGCCGAUGGUCGGCAGCCAGAUGACCCGGCAGGCCAGGCGGCUUUAUGUCGGCAACAUCCCCUUCGGCCUGACGGAGGAGGCCAUGGCGGAUUUCUUCAAUACCCAGAUGCGAUUGGCUGGCUUAUGUCAAGGUCCCACCAAUCCCGUCCUCGCUGUUCAGAUAAACCAGGACAAGAACUUUGCCUUCCUUGAAUUUCGGUCCGUGGAUGAGACCACGCAGGCAAUGGCCUUCGACGGCAUCAUUUUCCAGGGUCAGUCGUUAAAAAUCAGGCGGCCCCACGACUAUCGCCCCCUGCCUGGCAUCUCAGAGCAGCCCGCCUUCCACGUACCAGGGGUCGUCUCCACCGUGGUUCCAGACUCGCCACACAAGCUCUUUGUCGGAGGCCUGCCCAACUAUCUCAGUGACGAUCAGGUGAAGGAACUCUUGACGUCGUUCGGACCUCUUAAGGCCUUCAACCUUGUGAAGGACAGUGCCACGUCACUGUCUAAGGGUUACGCUUUCUGUGAAUACGUGGACAUCAGUGCCACUGACCAGGCCGUGGCUGGACUCAAUGGCAUGCAGCUCGGAGACAAGAAGCUCAUCGUCCAGCGGGCAAGCGUGGGGGCUAAGAAUGCCAACGCUACGGCCAUCAUUGAGACGCCGGUGACGCUGCAGGUUCCAGGGCUGCAGCGGCUGCAGAGCUCCGGCAUGCCCACGGAGGUGCUGUGCCUCCUCAACAUGGUCAUGCCCGAGGAGCUGGUGGACGACGAGGACUACGAGGAGAUCCUGGAGGACAUCCGGGAGGAGUGUUGCAAGUACGGCAACGUGCGCUCCAUCGAGAUUCCGCGGCCCGUCGAUGGCGUGGAGGUGCCUGGCUGUGGCAAGGUGGGACCCGUACUCUCCUGUACCAGUGGCAAAAAGAAGACCUCUGUAGGCACUAAACACAGGCUCAUGGGAGCAUUUCUUGCACAAAAGUGUUUUGAAAACGGAAUAAUUUUUUGUGUAAGAAAAACAAUCUGAUUGGUUCAGAUAGACAGACAAUCUGAUUGGUUCAGAUAGACAGACAAUCUGAUCGGUUCAGAUAGACAGACAAUCUGAUCGGUUCAGAUAGACAGACAAUCUGAUCGGUUCAGAUAGACAGACAAUCUGAUCGGUUCAGAUAGACAGACAAUCAUUUUUCAUUCUGCCCUCAACAUUUUCUUUGUGUAAGAAAGAAAAUUUUGUACAAUCAUUGAUUACUCGCAAAUGUUAAUAGUCAUCCGCUGUUUAUCUUGAAUAUGUAAAAGCAGUGCGCGUAUAUUUCCUCGUUAGUAUAGUGGUGAGUAUCCCCGCCUGUCACGCGGGGGCCGGUCGCGUAUAGCCAUAACACAGUGGCAGCCAAUGAAAUUGAAGGAUUUUUUUUGCGAAGCGAAGAGACCCUCCCCGGCGCUGCAAAAUCUCCGUUAAUGAUUUUUUUUCUGAUACAUUUCAAGUUAGAAUGCUAAUCAUUUUGAGGCAUGUUUUCAAAAAAGCAUGAACAAAUUUCUCCAUUUCUUGUAAUCACAUUCAUCCAUUAUUCUUCGUUUUCUUGAUAUUGAUGUAUUUAAUAAACAGCU